AUGAAAACCAUAUCCGAUUGGAUCGAUUCGUGUUCCAAAGACCAAUUGAAGGCGUACCAAGAAUGGUUCAACUUAGCCGAUUCAGACGGAGAUGGCCGUAUCUCUGGAAAUGAUGCAACCAAGUUCUUUGCUCUCUCCAACUUGUCUCGCUCUCAACUUAAGCACGUUUGGGCUAUCGCCGAUGUUAAGCGACAAGGAUUUCUAGGUUUUCAAGAGUUUGUUAUCGCAAUGCAGCUCGUUGCGCUGGCACAAGCAGGAUACGAGAUCAACUCAGAUAUCCUUAAAACGAAAAUUGACAAGGAAAAUAUUAAAUCUCCAGUAAUGGAAGGCCUUGAUGCUUUAAUAGCAAAAACAAAGAGUUUGGCAAUACAUUCCCAACCUGAUGUAUUUGGGACUUCUCAGCCUCGGUCAUCGUCACUCAACUCAUGGGCUCCUCCAAAACCUGUGAAGAAAUUACCUCUCAGUGCAGUUACAUCAAUAAUUGAUGGCUUGAAGCGAUUGUAUGUGGAGAAGCUAAAGCCUUUGGAGGUCACUUAUCAAUUCAAUGAUUUUGUAUCUCCAUUAUUGACUGACAGUGAUUUUGAUGCUAAACCAAUGGUCAUGCUUCUUGGUCAAUAUUCCACAGGGAAAACAACUUUCAUAAAACAUUUGCUAAGAUGUGAUUAUCCAGGCGCACACAUUGGACCAGAGCCUACAACUGACAGAUUUGUUGUUGUCAUGUCUGGUCAUGAUGAAAGGAGUAUUCCUGGAAAUACAAUAGCCGUUGAUGCCGAUAUGCCUUUUAGUGGCCUGACAUCUUUUGGUGGUUCAUUUUUGUCAAAGUUCCAAUGUUCUCAAAUGCCACAUCCACUUCUAGAUGAAAUAACAUUUGUGGACACUCCUGGUGUCCUCUCUGGAGAAAAGCAGAGGACUCAACGAAGUUAUGACUUCACUGGCGUUAUAUCUUGGUUUGCUGCAAAGUGUGAUCUGAUACUUCUACUAUUUGAUCCUCAUAAACUUGACAUCAGUGAUGAAUUUAAACGUGUAAUUGAGUCGCUACGUGGUCAUGAUGACAAGAUACGUGUGGUUUUGAAUAAAGCAGACCAAAUUGAUACUCAACAACUCAUGAGAGUUUAUGGAGCAUUGAUGUGGUCUCUGGGGAAAGUUUUGAAUACUCCCGAAGUUAUGCGUGUAUAUAUUGGCUCAUUUAAUGAUAAGCCUAUGAAUGGAGUCUUUGUUGGCCCAUUAGGACAUGAUCUCUUUGAAAAGGAACAGAAUGAUCUCCUUGCAGACUUGGUAGAUAUUCCAAGAAAGGCAUGCGACAGUCGGAUCAAUGAUUUUGUGAAACGUGCAAGAUCUGCUAAAAUUCAUGCGUAUAUAAUUAGUCAUCUUAGGAAUGAGAUGCCUGUAAUGAUGGGCAAAGCUAAGGCUCAACAAAGGCUUAUAGAGAAUCUUGAAGACGAAUUUAGAAAGAUUCAAAGGGAGUUUCAUCUACCAGCUGGUGAUUUUCCCAAUGUAGAACACUUCAGAGAGACUUUGAGUUGCUAUAGCAUUGACAAAUUUGAGAAACUAAAGCCCAAAAUGAUUCAAGCCGUUGAUGACAUGCUUGGAUAUGAAAUACCAGAAUUAUUAAAAAAAUUCAGAAAUCCUUAUGAUUGA